AUGGCUUCACGUGAACAAAUAUCAAUCGUUCAAUCAAAAUUUACCUCUGGUGAAACAGUGACGAUGGAAGCGUCAUUAAUGCAAGGAUGGGUUAAAGCUUCAAGACUUCUGGCUCUAGUCAACAAAGGACCUACUCACGCUUUAGUUAUUUUACUUACGUCUAGGAAUCCACCGCAAGUUUACAGUGAUCUUACUAUUGAACGAGUGCUUCCAAUUGAUCAAGAAUUUAAAUGUGAUAUUGACACUGGAAGCCAACAGCAGGAAGGACUGGAUGUAUUUUUAAACGUGUCAUCAAGAAAACAGAGAUUAAUCUUCGAAUUGAAACCAGGAGUAGGAACCAGUGCAUUGGUUUCAGAAAUAUUUCGUGCUAUCGAAGUUUAUCAAAAAAAUAAAAAUUCGGCGGUCGAUUUCUUGUGGAUACAAAAAUUGACCGGUAGUACACGAAGCUUAAACAGCGGUGCUGGUGAUUUACGCGAAAUGGCUGAUCCAUUAGUAGAACUCGAGAGUCCAGAUUUGGUAGUUCCAAGAAGAAACAUUGCUAGUGGUAAAACUCCAGUAGCAGCGAGGGAAUCGGUGGUGCGUUAUCAGAUGGCAUGCAAAGAAGAUGAUUACACGUACACUGAAACCUUGAGAAUUUUUAUUGGCACAUGGAAUGUAAAUGGACAAUCACCAAAUGAUGUUGCAUUAGACGAAUGGCUGAGUAACGAUCAAGUACCACCAGAUAUUUAUGCUAUUGGCUUUCAAGAAUUAGAUUUAAGUAAAGAAGCUUUUUUAUUUAACGACACACCUCGUGAAGAAGAGUGGAGACAAAUUGUUACCAAAUCUUUACAUUCUAAAGGUGUUUAUAAACAAAUAGCAAUAGUACGUCUCGUCGGUAUGUUGCUAAUUAUUUUCGCUCAGGAAGCUCAAGUACCAUUUAUAAAAAGUAUUUCUGUUGACACUGUUGGUACAGGCAUAAUGGGAAAAUUGGGUAAUAAAGGUGGAGUAGCAGUGAGUUGCUUGAUUCAUAAUACAUCUGUUUGUUUCAUAAAUGCUCAUUUAGCAGCUCAUUGCGAAGAAUAUGAACGGCGAAAUCAAGAUUAUGCUGAUAUUUGUACCAGACUUUCCUUUUCAAAUCACGUUCCAGCGAAAAGCUUUAAAGAUCACGAUCAAAUUUACUGGUUGGGUGAUUUAAAUUACCGGAUAACAGAAAUGGAUGUUUUAACAGCUAAGCAAUAUAUAACCAUUGGAAAUUAUGCGCCAGUAUUGGCGUUAGAUCAAUUAGGACAGCAGCGUAAAUUAGGGAAAGUACUUCAAGGCUUUAAAGAAGCUGACAUAAAGUUUAAGCCUACUUAUAAGUAUGAUCCUGGUACCGAUAAUUGGGACUCGAGCGAAAAAGGUAGAGCGCCCGCAUGGUGCGAUCGUGUACUUUGGAAAGGUGAUGCCAUUACAUCCAUUGAAUAUCGUAGUCAUCCAGAAUUACGUAUUUCGGAUCACAAGCCAGUUAGUGCUAUUUUUGAUGCUCAGAUACGUGUUAUUGAUAUGACAAAAUAUCGAAAAAUUCACGAAGAAGUUAUGAAAAAAUUAGAUAAAUUAGAAAAUGAAUUCUUGCCACAAGUUAUGGUCGAUACUACGGAAAUAAUAUUCGACGUUUUAAAAUUUCUUGAGCCGAGCAGCAAAGAACUUAUAAUUGCAAACACUGGACAAGUACCCGUACAGUUUGAAUUUAUUAAAAAAUUAGAUGAUACCAAUUAUUGUAAAGAUUGGUUACAUAUUGAGCCUUAUACUGGAUUUAUAAAGCCAGGUGAAAAAUGUGAUAUAAAGUUAGAAGUUUAUGUUGACAAAAAAUCAGCAUGUAAAUUGAAUUCCGGUGAAGAUAAGCUUUAUGAUAUUUUAGUUUUGCACCUUGAAGGUGGUAAAGAUAUUUUUAUCACUGUGACUGGUGUUUAUGAACGAAGUUGCUUUGGUUCUUCUAUGGAAGCUUUGGUACACAUACCUGUGCCUAUCAGAGAAAUUCCUAUUGGCCGUAUAAUGGAAUUGGAGAAUAAUAAAAAUCCAACUCAAGAGCCAUACCCGGUGCCCAAAGAAGUCUGGUUACUUGUUGAUCGAUUAUAUCGGCAUGGUAUCAAAACGCCUGGAUUAUUUGAAACUCCAGGAUUGCACAGUGAAUUGAUUUUAAUUAGAGAUUGGUUGGAUAUCGGCAGUCAAGAUCCCAUGCCUGGAACUGUACACUCUGCAGCAGAGGCUUUAUUAUUACUUCUAGAAUCAACUGCUGAGCCUUUAGUACCAUACAAUUUACACAGCGUCUGCUUAUCGGCAGCUACGAAUUAUCUCCAGUGCAAACAAUUAGUUAUGCAAUUACCUGAAAUAAGAAGGACUGUAUUUCUAUAUAUUUCGGCCUUUUUGCAAGAACUUUUGAACCAUUCGCAGGACAAUGGAUUAGAUGCGAAAACUCUUGCGACAUUAUUUGGCUCAAUAUUUUUACGUGACCCACCGCGCAGUAGAGAAGAACGUAACCAGAGAAAUCGCCUUACUCAAGCAACAUUUGAUCGUAAAAAAGCAGCGUUUGUUUAUCAUUUUUUGGUAAAUGAUCAAAGUGAUUUUCUCGGACGGUAA